AUGGCACUGACGGCCCUGUGGACCUCAUUUCUCAAAUCCAUCACAUCUUUCAACGGCGACUUGUCUUCGUUGACAGCGCCUCCUUUCAUCUUAUCCCCCACAUCCUUGGUCGAAUAUUCCCAGUACUGGGGUGAGCACCCUGACCUCUUGUUGGAGCCCAAUUUCAUCAGAGAUGACACUUCCAAAGAGGCAGAGAAGGCAAUGGCCGUCAAGAGAAUGAUUGCCGUUACCAAAUGGUUUAUCUCGACCUUGCGUUCGCAGUACUGCUCCAGAAACGAGAGCAUGGGCACCGAGAAGAAGCCCUUGAACCCAUUCUUGGGUGAGGUAUUUGUGGGGUCAUGGAAGGAUGAGCUGGCAGAGCAGAAGUUCGGCGAUACAGUGCUUUUGUCGGAGCAGGUGUCACACCACCCUCCUGUCACGGGAUACGCUAUCAACAACGAGAAGAACAAUAUUCUAUUGCAGGGCUACAACGGCAUUCGUGCCACCAUCAGCACCGCCUCAAUUAGCGUCAAGCAGUACGGCCACGCCAUCUUGGAAUACAAGGACCUCAACGAGACAUACUUAAUCACUUUGCCACCAUUGCACAUCGAAGGUCUCAUCACCGCUGCUCCUUUCGUUGAAUUGGAAGGCACUUCAUACAUUCAAAGCUCCAACGGCUACAUUGCCGUCAUUGAGUACUCUGGCCGUGGUUACUUUAGCGGUAAGAAGAACACCUACAAGGCCCGCAUCUACUCAGACAGGCUUGCCAGCUCCGACAAGGAGAACGCUUUAAUUACCAUCAGCGGCCAGUGGUCGGGUAAGUCAUACAUUGCCAAGGGCAGCGAGAGGCCUUCGAGCAAGGGCGAGUUGUUCUACGAUGCCUUGGCCAAGAAGCCAGAGCAGUUGACCGUCAAGCCUCUAGAGGAGCAGCAUGACUUGGAGCUGAGAAAGGCAUGGAAAAAGGUCGCAGACGCUAUUCGUAAGAGCGACUACGACUUGAUUCAGCAGGAGAAGUCGCUUAUCGAGAACGAGCAACGAGAGUUGAGAAAGCAGGAGGCCGAGUCUGGCAUCAAAUGGGAGACCCGCUGGUUCGACUGCGUGGACCUCAAGGACGGUGCCGCUGGAGACGAUCCGUUGUUGAGUCUUGGAAAUGUUGCUAAUCUCUCGGUGGACAAUGUGCCAUCGGGCACGCUCCGGGGGUCCAAGAAGGAGAACGGCGAGGCCAAGCACUGGCGCGUUAAUUUGGACAAGUGGAAGAAGGAUGAAGAGAUACGAAUCUAG